AUGUUGGAAGCAAGUCCAUGGACACCGCCAGAGUAUAACUUCUCUGCCCCGACGAUCAAAGCAUCGCACACCCCUUAUCAUGAUCCCUCCGACUUUGCUCGUCAAGCCAGGUGGUGUGCCGAUGGCUCGUGUAUCCUUACGAACACAGAAAGUGGUCGCUUCCAACUCCUCCCCUCAGAAAAAUUGCAUCAGGCUGAAAGAGCGUCGAAGCUCGACAUACAAACGUUUCCACAAGCAUCGCCGAUCGUCGAAUUCGCGUGGUUUCCAUCCGCUUCGAUGCUCAAUCCCGCUACAUUCUGUUUCGCUGCUUCCGUACGCGAUUGUCCUGUCAAACUCCUCCAUGGGACGGAUGGACGUCUACGUGCUUCAUACCCAAUCGUAGAUCACCGUGAACGGUUCAUCGCGCCCCACAGCUUGGCGUUCACUCCGACUAUGAGUAGUCUGUACUGUGGAUUCGAAGAUGCGAUAGAGAUAUUCGAUCUCAGCAUGCCCGGUCAUCCCGGUACACGCCUGCAAACUUCUCCUUCAAAGAAGAGCAAGGACGGAAUAAAAGGAAUCGUCUCUGCGUUGGCGUUCACUCCAUAUUCACCCGAAGGAAGCUGGUUCGCAGCUGGGUCUCUCUCGCAGUCGGCGUACAAUAUCUGCCUAUACGAUCAAUCGCAAGGCGACGUUCCUUUGCUAUACCUUGGGGCCGGCUCCAAGUCCGUUCGAGCAGGCGUGAUGCAGCUAGCGUUCAAUAACGCCAAACCGCACCUUCUAUACGCCUCCUUCCGACGUCACUCGCAGAUCUACGUAUGGGAUCUUCGUGGAGGCGUCGAUGAGCCAAUAUGUACCCUCAAGCCUCCAGAAGAUAUGUCACCACGGACGAACCAAAAGCUGAAAUUCGACCUUGAUGCCUCAGGAAAAUGGCUGGCUUCUGGAGGCCCAGAUGGCCGAAUAUCCGUAUGGGAUCUGGACGAAACGGCUUCUCAGUCGGAUUCAGGGAUUCUGAAUGCCGCACAUACAUUCCAAGCUCACGAAGACUCCAUCGGAUCUGUAGCCUUUCAUCCGCUUGACUCGUUGCUUCUGAGCGUCUCUGGAUCACGCCACUUUGACUCUACGGUCGAUUCGGACUCUGGCAGUGAUUCAGAGGUUUCAUCUGAUGCAGAUGGAAGCGUAAAUCCAGAGCUACGACUAACAACAAGACGGGUUUCCGCGAGAGGGAGCAAGACUCGCCCGCUGUCCAAUGACAACUCGAUGAAGUUAUGGAGCCUAAAAUAG